GGACUAGGUGGGCUUUAUGGACUGGGCCGUCUUGCAUUUAUCAUUAUGAACCACUAGUGUCCCCUGUAUUCCUGCUCUUAUUACUGUUGCUCUUCAUAAAGUGCCUCUGCAAUGAUUAGCUUUGAAGUUAUGCGAACUUCCGGAAGCAUUUUACUAAUAGUGACAUUGUGCACAUCAGCAUAUGCUCUUGAUUGCACCAACUUCAAACAAGAAUGGAUGAAAUUACGGUAUACUAUACUAACAGGAGUUCAUAGUUCAGCUAUCAUUGGUCCUGCAUCAAACAUUUGUCCUGUAACCGGUACUUCCUGUUGUGAUGUAAGCAUGGAACAUGAAAUGUACUCAGUGGGUCAGCGUCAACUUAUAAAGCAAACCAACUCAUGGUUACAAGUUGCCUGGAAAAUGAGCAAUGAUAGUGCCGUGCUUGAAUGUAAGUCUUAUGCCAUUCUGGUCAAUGAAGUGUUAGAACACUGAAUAGCUAGUAAUAAUUGUUAAAUAAAGCUACUUUCGUGUUCUAAAAUAUACAUAUCCUACCGAAUCUGCUGACAACAAUGAGGAAACGAAUGUAUAUUGAACUGUUUCCUUCAAAUGUUUGACUUUUCGUUCUUGUCAUCUAGUCUCGGAGUAGAUCAUGACUUCGCUUUCUUCAGACAGUUUCCUUAAUGAAUAACUUUAAGCCUUCAUCUUUUCAACAAGUUUAUGCAGUUGUCUAUUGGUACCUAUCAAUACUACCUUUUCAAUUUCCUUUGUUUUUCCACCCUACCAUUACUACUGGUCAUUUCGCUAGCUUUCUGUUAAUCCACGAUCGAUAUUCCUUGCUACUCAUCCUAUUCACACCCUUCUAGUAUAAGUGUCAUGGUAUCUGAAAUCCAUUGGUUUUUCUUAACCUUUCGGCUUUGAUUGCUUACAUAGGUUAAUGAUAUUUUUACACCAGACUAUCUCAGGGUGAACAUCACCUUUGUAGUAGACUAAGUGCCUUGGCAGUUUUUUCUUAAAAACAACCCUUUACAUUUUCUUUUAGCCAAGUCCAAGAAUGUAUUUUUGCUGCAAUUUUCAUCCUUUUAGUAAGGCUAAGACAAAUGUGUGCUCACACUAGAGAGUGAUUUGGGCUCAGAUAUAUACUACAGGAGUAACAGCCUUUUCAAAUAGGACCGAUAGUAAUAUAGUUUGUCUGUCUUUUUCUGUAAGUAUAUUGCAUUCACUAGAUUAGAAAACUUUUCUUUCCACGUUUCGAGUCAGUGUCUUUAAAAAAAUAGGUAUCUGAACAUAAAUUCAGUAGACGACCACUGUUAUCUUCACUCUAUCGUGAAAUACCACAAGUUUCCGCCUAACAUUUUGUAAACUCGAGUCGUUAGCAAUGACUACACAUGAAAUCAAGUCAGAGCAGAAGGGUAGAUAAUAAAACCAAAAUUAUCAAAAACCGGGAAAGUGGUUUGGUUAACAAUAUGCUUAGCUCCGGUUCUGUUAAAUUUGUACGGGUAGUUGACACUUCUUGAUUACCCAUUUCUUAUAGUAGUUGCUCUUGCAGGGUCUGAAAAAACAUUGGCUAGUAGUGGUGGUCAAGGUGCAUCAGUUUAGAGGCCGUUCAUACAUAUCAUCUUUUGAGUAGUUUUUUCUAUCUUAAGUAUGUUUUUUUUAAACCACCACCAGCCAUUCAUAUGGAAUGGUUGUAUCAUCUUAGUAACCAGCCUCUAACCCCUACUUCUGUAUAUGGGAAAGUAGAGUGGAAAUAUUGGCUAUCUGUAGGAAACGCCCUCUUUUGACCACACUAGUACAGAUGUCAGUACAACCCCGCUGUCUGAUUUAAAAUGUUUGACUUUUGGUAUUACAACAGGUAUUCUCAACAUAGUAGAACUUCAGAACAAGUAGUCCAAGGAAUACAACUUUAUUGAACCAUCACGGUAUACAAGCCUGACCACUAUCAAGGCAACAAUCGCGGUAAUGAUGGACUCAGAUACUAUCAAGAGUAAAGAUUUCGUACAUUUUGUUCUCAUAUAACUUAGCUGUUCGUGGUGCUGAGAAAAUGGUCUGCAGUAGUUCUAAAUAUUUUACCUCCUUUGCUUAUUAUCUUUUAAUUCUACACAGUACAGUUAGUCGGUCUUUAUUUAUUUAUUUCUCUACUCAGCAAUUUUUCAAGCUGAUUUACAACAAGCUAAAGGACGUUUACAUCAAUUUUUCAGUCGGAUUUAUGGAUACAAUUAUAAAUUGCAUAGAAAUUUCUUCUUCGGGUUUUUCACCGAUUUAGAACAAUAUAUGGCAGGUCAGCGGGGUCAGCUCGGUGUGUUAAUCAAAAAUUUCUUCAGUCAACUUCGUGACAGUAUAGUUAGUUUGAUUGAAAAAUCUGGACAAGUUAAUUCCAAUCCUCCUUUCAGCUCGGUUUCGCCUAACACUGGCUCGUUUGGUAACAGUCUUCCUGGGGUUGGUGGUACUGAUGAAGCUAGUGAAUCUAGGCGAAUUCGUUGUUUAUCUGAAAAGAUUGCGCAGUUACAUCCGUUUGAUGAUGUAGAUGUCCGACUUCACGCUCGUAUGUUGGAAGCUUAUCCACCCGCUCGUAUGUUGGUCAAUGUUUUAUCCGUUACCAGCAAAUUAUUACAUUAUCUGGUUGAUCAGGUUGUAGCUCAAUCUCAAUGUAUUUUGGGCAUUACACGUUAUCGAUUUUGUGCUAUAUGCGAGGCUCAGUCACUUAAUAAUGUCUGCCCUGAGAGUUGUUCACAAUUACUAGCCGGAUGUUUACAUGGUGAUGGUCCAGAUGAAGCACAAUUGGAGUAUAUUUGGCCUCAGUUAAUUGAUACAAUCAUCAUGGCAACUAAUCGGUUGGAAAGAUCAUUCAACUUUCCUGCAGUAAAUCGUAAUCUUCAAAUGGAAAUAUCUGAAGCAAUAACUAGUUUACAAACACGCUAUAGUGAAACAAAAUCUAAGUUUGAAUCCGAAUGUCGAUUUGGUUCUGCCGGUCGACGAAUGCCAACAUUGUUCAAUCCUAUUGGACCCCCUCAUAGCAGUCAAGAAAAUCGUGCAAAUCACUCAGACAUCUCUAGAUGGUCAAUGAUAUCUAAUUUUAAUAGACGCUUAAAUCGAAUAGCUCGUUCAUCAUCUUAUCCACAAUCAUCACCUGUUUCUCAAGAAUUCCUUGACUGGCAAACACGACAACGACCAUCCCAAGUCAUUCCUAGUAACAAUCGUCCAAAAAAAAUAGAUUAUCAUCAACAAAGGACUAGCAAAACAUCUGAUGACUGGGAUGCCUCAGACAACGAGAAUCCUAUGAAUGCUCCAAAUGAUCUCGUUCGUCAAGUCAAUGAAAUCAAACAAGCUUAUUCAUCUCUACGCGAUCUGUUCAGUGGUCCAGCUGGUAGCUUAUGUCCUACUAAUUCAACCGUUAUGAGUAAUGGGAAUUCGUCUCAUGUUAAUCAAAGCACCCAAUGUUGGAAUCCACCUCGUCUACCCGAUACGGCACCUGAUGCUGGAAUUACACAAAUUUUAGCCCAACUUUAUGAAGCUUCCAAAAGAUUGCACGAAGCCUCAACCAAUACUAAAGAUCCAGAUACAUUAGUUGUCAAACCGCCUCCUAGAUCGAAUUCUGCUUCUAGUACUUACUCAAGAAAUGAUCAAAACAGUUAUUUGUCAGCCAGUUUAACUGACCCUCUCUCAGCAAAUCAAUUUCUUGCACAGGACCAAUGGCAAGGUCCUAAGCAAUCUAGAGUGGAUAAUUCGUACGAAAUGGAAAGAAAUAUUAGAAUCGAAAGUGGAAGUGGAAAUCAACCGAAUACUUUACAAUAUCCAGAUAAUUCUCUCUCCCAAACUUACGAGCAGUCAUCGAGUCAAUUCAAUAAUAUAUUUACUGACGACCUUCAAAGUAAAAACGAUCCUCGUAUGUACGGUUCUGUUAUGAAUGCUGACACUAAAAGAACAGGACUUAGUCAAGGUACAGAUUUAAAUAGGUACUAUGAUCAAAAAUCUGCACAACAAUGGCCACAGAAAUCUAGUGGGCAUAAUAAUUGGGGUAAUGUUGAUCAUCAAAGAAAUAAAUGGAAAUCUAGUGGUUCCACAGACUUCAACAUACCAAUUUUUCAAGAACUCACAACCGAAUUGGGACUUUUAACAACGGAAAUGACGACAACGACAACUAUGACGACGACGUUUUCUCCAACUACUGUCACAGCUUCCACUGUGUUACUAACUAAUUCCACGAGAUUAGUUACAACAUCAAGUGCAUUAGAAAAACCAAGUGAUUUAUCAUCACUGGAAGUGAAGGAUAUUGUUACGGAAAGUGUUACAAGACAAACACCUCUUACUGUCCGGACAGAUUCUGCAUUAGAUAGGCAUCCACAAACUACAACACAACGUUACAUAGACCCAACGUUGAAACCAGGCACAUACACGGAAUCACUUUUACCGUCAACUGACCAAUCAAGCAAUAUUGGGUUUUUGCCAGACGACGAGGACAAUACUCAAGUGAUCUCAAGACAAAUGCCUUAUCAAACACCUGAUUCUCAAAAUAUUAAUUCUUGGCAUCAAACCUCUGAGGUUUCUCAACGUUUUGGUGAAGGCUCCGGAAAUCGAGGCAGUGGUAAAGCACCAUCAGUCCUUACACCACAAUAUCAAAGGACACAAAAUUUAUGGCCACAGUCCGGCAGAGAAUCGGCAAUCCCCAACGCUGCAGAUACGCGUUACAAUGAAGAUUUUAUUGGUCCCCAACCAGACAAAAAUCUAGCUUUCUAUCCAAGCACCCAAGAGCCAGAAAAUCGAGGGGAUGAAGAAGCUUGGAACGUUUCUCCCGAUAAGUUAGCUUCAGGGUUUCUAGAAGGAGUUAGUGGAAUGAGCCCCAACAUAGAGUGGAAUGAGGACAAAGACGAUCACCACACAGGCUCGUCACAGUGGCAAGGUGCAUCGGGAAGUAGUAGGAGUGGCAACACAGUUCCGGAGGAUACACCCAUACUGCAACCCCCAACUCAGCCAACGCAACCACCUACUCCACCACGGGUCGAUAAUAUUCCGGAGAUUCUUCCACAACCACCCCUGCCACCCCCAGAAGUGUGGGUACCAGCAAAGUUAAGCCCCGGACAGCCAGUGCCACCAAUAUUGCUAAUACGAGAAUAUAGUGUUGAAGGUCCCCUAUACGAAAAGGAAGACACUGUCUCACAUACCUACAACUCAGCAUCCCACCAACAGUUAAUCACGUCUAUAUUUUUACCUCUAAUCACUAUAUUUAUCCUUUAAACCGAACAAUGACUUUCUCAGUUACAUUUUCUUGAAAUGUACAUAGGCACGUUUGAUAGCCUUUGCUCAAAAUGUAUUUACAUGUAUCUUGUUAACAUUUUGAAUUGCUUGUGUUCUCUUAAUAUUCAUUUUUACUCCAUCGAUCUAAAGCUUUGCAUUUAUACAAGGUCACAUGUUUAAAAAUAUAUGAUAUCCUACACAGACC